UUUCCGGGAGAAGGCGGGAAGAAGACGCUGCGGCGCUGCCCCUCUCCAAGAUGGCGGCAGCAACCUCGGCCUGUUCCCCCCGCUCCUUCCUGCGCAGGCUCCGCAGACCCCCCUCCAAGAUGGCGAUUAUGUCAUAACUACAAGAUAAACAAGCAGUGAUGGAAUCACUGGAUACUGAGGUGAGAGUACGGAAGACUCUGGGGACUGUUGAAUAUGUAGAGUCUUCAGGUUUCACCCAGGGAGUUCUGCCGACCAAGAAGGAUGUGGUUCAGAAUAUGCUGUAUUUACUGCAGCCCAAAAGAGCUGGCCAAGCCCAGAGGUCCAAAGAGGAUGCAGCCCAGUUGCUUGCUGAGCACCUGCAAGAGCACUGGUUGGUUUGCAACUUGCACACCAUUGCAACACAAAAUAUAAAGAAACUUAUCCUCAAAAUGUAUGAGGAGUUUACCAGAUUGUAUCAGACCAGAAAGCAGAGACAGAACAAGGCUUUUACCGAGCGAGCAGACAAAUUCAACGAGAGUUCGGAGAAGCUCUUUGAUGUAUUUUGUACAGACACGCAGAUGAGAAAUAAGCUGGAGGAAUACAGUGGAAUAAAAAUGACUAGCAUUGAGUGGAAAUUUCUUGAAGAUCAAAGAAGUGAAAGAAAAAUGUACUAUGAAGAUUUCACAGACAAGCAAGAAUUAAAGAUGAUGGAAAGAAGACAAAAGAUACAAUAUCUGGAGCACUUCAGAAAACUUGCUAAAGAGGAGAGGGAAGGAAACAAAGCCAAGGAAGUGAAAUACAAAAGUGACGAGCAAUCAGAUGAGGGCACAAGCGUGGAUGAAUCCUACCCUGUGGAAGAGGAGAACGGAGGAGCUCCAGCGUUCUCACUGCGGGGCAGAAGGAAGCGCCGGUGCACCAUGACUCCUGCGAGCACCCCCACGCCCCUGGAGUGCCAGCAUAUACGGAUGAGCAUCAGGAGAGUUAGGCCUGGGUUCUACGAGACUGUGGAGAAGGUCCAAAACUGCUAGCGCAUGCCACGGUCUGCAGGUGGGGCUGCUGGAGUACGAGGUGGCUGAGCACACUUUAGGCAAGUUUGAAAUUCCACCCUCAAUUGGAAAUGAUUGCCAGAGCUCAGGAACAUCCUGCCUCUGGGGAAGAGCACUGGGAUGACAACAGCAGGAAGGACUUAAAACGCAUGAAAAGUUGAAAGCAUAAGGAGUCAGCGGAUAAUGAUGCAAAUGUGCAACCCUAGCAGAUGGUCUAAGGUUACGAAGCAUAUAAGCCUCUUCUUCCAUGGUCCUGUCCACAUCAGUGGGUUUUUGGAAGUCUCUCACCAUUUCUGAGCUGGGGUGGCCUGACAGUUUGAAACAGGACUCAGAUUUACUGCAGGGAAAUAACUUGUUGCUAGUAGAAAGUUCCAUGUGCUGAAAAGCCCUAACUCCUGCUAGUUUAGGUGGGAGCAAAGGUGCUUGGCCCCUUACAGCUGAAGGUAGCUGUUUUCAGCUUGUAGUACCAGGUCUUGAAGAGGCACCGUGUGGUUUUGUAGAGGGAUUGCUCUCUUACUUCAGGAAGGUGAGGGAGAGACCGGGAGCCAUCUGAGUGCUUUGGCUGUAAAAGCAUUGGUGAUUCUGAAUGUUUUAUUCUAGAUUCUAUUUUAACAGUGUUUCCUUGAUAAGGAUGAGUUUUAAUCUGAAGUUCCUCAUCUAGGAUCAGAGAAUCCCAAAUGAAAUCAUGUUUUAUCUGUCCAGGUGGGGUAAGACAAGGGGGAAGGAUGCAAAUUUCCUUAUUUAGUUUUAAUAUGGGAAGAAUUUUAUAAACUGUUAUCCUACCUUCAUAGGAUUUAGGGAAGAAGGAAGCCUUCCCAGGUGUGGGUAGCUGUGGCAUUUACAGCAAAAGGCACCUGAGUCUGGGCAUGCUUUUCCACUGCAGGUCCAUGCAGGCCAGCAGGGUGCAAACAGUAGUUUUCCACCUGGAGUGUGAAUGAAGUGUAACCUUCUUGCCCAUGUACAUCCUGAGCAGUGACCUGUCUGUGAUUUUUAGAUACCUGCAGCAUGAGAGUAUCUGCUGAAUUAAGUUAGAGUUGCUUUACUGGUGUCUAAAGAUGAGAGACUUGAACCUUCAGUGAGACCCAGUGCAGAGAUCUCUGGUGACAUGCUCAAACCUUGCCAGACCAUGCUGAGGAUGAAAAAAACCCAAGUCUCUAUUUGUUCACAGAGGUUCUCUGGUAGAAAAAGCGUAAACUUGCCUGGUUUUCAAAUUUACCUUUCAGUGUGAAUGUUGGUUUCCCCACUCCAGUUUCUCAGCUUUUCCCCAUUUUUUUCCUCUCUGCCCUGGACAUAAUAUUACUGACAUUAACUUCAUGCUGUUUCAUUCUUUGGCUUUUGCUCCCUUUAACAAUAAAUGCAUGUAUGAAUAAUUUUGACAGUUCCUUUAGUUUUGAUGAAUCAGUUCCUGGACUGCUUUGAAGUCCUAUGCCAAAGGAGGAAUGAAACGCAGAUUUGCUGCUGGUCUGACUAGAACACAGCAAAGCCAGUGAGUGCCGGAGGCAGGGGCCACCCUGGUCUUGCUGCCCAGGCAGGCCCCAGACUACCUGUGCUCCGUCCCUCUGCCUGCGGAUGGAUCUGUCCGGCUCCAAGCGAUGCACCAGCUUCCCAGUGACCUUGCUUGUUAGUAAUUGCUGGGAUGCUUACUCUGUGUCUUUGACAUGUUCUUCAUGGUAAGUUGCUCCAAAAUAUUUAGUGAACUCCAUGUACUCUGCAUCACUUGUAGUGUUGUUACAGGUUUAAUAGCACAUGCCCACCUUCUGCAACACCCUUCAGCCUCUGCUGCUUGAGAGUUUGCAGCCCUCUCUCUCCUCUCUCUGAUGUGCUUCACUGAUUUCCCCAUACAAAUUAUGUCACAUUUAAACUAUUUGCCUUCCAGCCCUGAGGUGCUGGACUUGAGCCUCUCACUGGGCUUUUACACCAGCAGCUCUGUUUCAGCAGGGAAUAUAGCCAAGCUCAGACCUCACCGAGGUAGAUCUGUCUGGUUGUUUGGUUUUUGCUUUCUUUUUUUUUUGGUAACUGCUGUAAACCUCCCCCCAGUAUUACAGAUAUAGCUGACAGUAUAAGUACUCGUGUGUAAAGCAAAUCCACCAGGGUUGACUCGACUAUGGAACAUGGCUGUUUAGUACUUUAUGAUUUUCAGGGAUUCAGGGAAUUUAAGGUUAUCAAAUCUGACUUCCUGUAUACCACAGGAAAUCACAUUCAGAAGCCCCACACUCAGCCUGCUAGUUCCAGUAUAAAGGAUUUGUCUUACAGAGCUGAAGACAUUAGGAGUCUGCUGUCUUCCUCAGUUACACAAUUAGUGGUUUGUCAUCUUUGUUGAUUGAAAAAAGUUCAGGGGAAAGAAAAUAAGUCCCACUAUCUUCCAUGCUGUGAUUCUUUUCAUGACAUCUUGUACAGGCUGAGCAGUGUUUAUCGCAUUCAAAUCAUAUUUGUUAUUUUUAACUGGGUUUGACUGUGGAUGGAGCCAAAGCCUGGCUCUAUUUCUGCUGCAACAGGGGAAAACUUCUAAACGAUGUAUCUGAUUACUUUUCUUUGGGACCAUGGUGCCUUUUUAAUCAGGACAGUAAAUCUUGUCCCAGGAUUCUGUACUUUUGUACGUUAACAGUUGUUGACUUUCCUUUUUUGGUGUGUCCCAAAUAA